AUGUCGCCCGAUGAUGUGGUCCUGCCAACACCAGCUGCCCAUUCGUUACCCGCAGAGAUGGUAGAAAUGGUCUUUUCGCCGACUCUUUCAUACAUUGCUGCAUCAACCUUCAGGCAUUCAUCAUCCCUUUCCACCAUAACCCCGACUUCUCCGAUGAAUUUGACGUCUAGCGGCGAGUCGAGACCAGGCGCGGAGAAUGGGGAGUGUGCACUGCUAGGCCCCUUUGCUCUCUUCAUACAAGGCGCUCUUGGAGUUUUGGCACUGCUAGUACUGGUCUUUAAGCGAUGGCGGGAAAGGCCUCAGCGACCGAUAAAAAUCUGGGCUUUUGACGCGUCGAAGCAAGUCGUGGGCUCAGCAUUGCUGCACAUUGCCAACCUACUAAUGUCGAUGUUGUCUUCCGGGCAGCUGACUAUAAAAGCUGGCGACUAUCAGGCCAACCCUUGCUCUUUCUACUUGCUGAACUUGGCUAUCGACGUAAGUUUCAAACCCCGCCUUCCCGAGAUGAUGUAUAGUUGGCUGAAAAUAAUGCUUGCAUUGAAGACUACUGUCGGCAUACCAAUCCUCGUUGUACUUCUACGACUGUUGACGCACGGUUUCUCUCUCACCCCUCUGGGCAAUCCGCCCGAGUCAAUACAGUCUGGGAAUUACGGUCGUCCGCCAAAAACGCAAUGGUGGCUCAAACAAUCCUUCAUCUACUUCCUCGGCCUGCUAGGAAUGAAAGCCUGUGUCUUCUUCAUCUUCCAGAUAUGCCCGUGGAUAAUACGAGUCGGUGACUGGGCUCUACGGUGGACGGAAGGCAACGAGAUGGUGCAAGUCUUCUUCGUCAUGCUAUUCUUCCCCGUUGUGAUGAAUGCGCUACAAUACUAUAUCAUUGAUAGCUUCAUCAAGGACCAGAAGCCAUCGGACCAUGACCCUAUUCCUCACGAAGACGGAGAUGAAGACAGCAUUGAGGAACAUGGUCAGACCAGACGGCGGCGUUCUCACGGUGAAGACUAUGACGGCGCACGUAGUAUCGUUGCUGGGAACGAGACUACUAAAGAUGGUGCGGAAAUCACGGUCGCUGAAGGCAAGGACAAGCCAAAGCUCAAAAUGGAGCCCAGAAAACUGGACGAAUAUGAUCCCGCAGUUGAUGGAGAGGGGAGUGGAAGUGGCGGCGACCUCGAGAAUCCCCCUGAUCCGUCAAAAGAAGGAAAAGCAAAGAUGCAACAGGGUCAUGCAAAAGAUUCGUAG